AUGACCAUCCCUAACCCUAGCGCAUCAUCCAUCCCUGGGCAUGUGCAAUCUCUGCAGACUCCCAAACCACAGCCACACCACGUCUCCCAGCACUCAUUGAGCACAGCAACCGCAGACAACCGUCAUGUCUCACCCUCUUCAGCUUCCGCCUCCAGCGCCGGGGAGGCUUCCGGAAGGAAAAUGAAGCGUACCGCGGCCAAAGUGAACGUCAAGCCGAGCGCUUAUCUGCAGGCACCGUCAUGGGCCACUUCUCUCUUGAAAUCAAAACCUUCAACCAGCCCAGCAGCCUCUCCUUCUGCUCACGGCAACUCUCUCUCGGCGCAAGAACUGCCCAACCUCCCACCGCCAUCUGAGAGCCCUCUUGUCGAGAGCCCCGAGCCUGUUCGCAUUACCAGCGACAUACCUUUGCCACAGGUUGGGAGCAAGGCCAACUCAUCGCCGAAGCCAUCGGACGACGACAUGGGGAAGACGUCUCUCGCGCAGAAUGCCAGGAUCCAAGCACUACAGCAAUCAUGGAUGGCAACGAACUCGGGCCCGGCUGUUGGAGGUACGACUGGCAACGUUAGCUCACCUGCGGAAAGUGUAGACGGACCCAAAGAUUGGCUUGGUGGUGCAUUGAGGAAACGUACUCUCGAGGCCUCGGAGGGCGGUGACGCAAAGCGCAGGAAUACCAAUAGCACCGGUAAACAGGAUGCUCCCAAGUCAUCCUCUACUAGUUCAGUGGCUAAAGACCCGCCAUCAUCCGAAGCUGAUCAGCCGAGCGCUGCCUCGAUUGGCAAAUCCAGACGUUCUCAGUCUCGAGUCUCUAGAGCAACAGCGGCGGAGACCAUCCCAGGAUUCAUCCCCAUUAAGAGGACGACGGAAGUCGUUCAGUCUUCCGAUGAGGCUACCGAUGACGUGAGCUCUGAUGACGCAGAAGAAGAUUCGACAGAAGAAGAUGAACUAGCCCCCGACGAACCGCAAAGCGUCUAUAUCAGCAAGCAGCGGGAAGCUCCACGCGGUAUACUUACGAGGGGAAUUCCUGAUCACUUUCAUACCGCCAAGGACAGCUCUCGGCUAUACUCCCAGCACAACUCGCUUGAAAAUGGCACUGAGCCCGCAUGCGGCGCUCUCGUGCCCACUGGCUACAAACGCUGGACAGACCCUGACUACCCUUAUAUUUGUCCCGCUCGUCAUUGCCGUCUCACAUUUCAGACUAUUCACGGCCUUGGCACACAUUUCGCGAUGAAACACAACAACACCAAGUUCAACGAUAAUCUAAACGGGACAUUAACUGUUGUUGGCUAUUAUGAAGUUCCAGGCCAAAAAAGAUCCCCUGCUAUCGUCGUCUCCAGAAACCCUCCCACCGGGAAUGAGCCGCCGAUGCCAGAACCGGAACCCGCUGGUUAUAAGCUUGCUGGCCAAACCCUUUCUCGGACGUCAUCAACACCCAAAUCUCGAGUAGUCACUCUGAGCAUGCCUCGCUCACACAGCAAUCCGUCUCCUCCGGUCUCAGGCGCUGAGGGCGACUCUGACUACAACGCCGUACUAAAGAGGGAGCUUUCCUUGCUCAGAAGAAAUCGGGAGCCGCCUGCUCCGAAAGACACCCCUCUCAUGACAUAUCUAGUUGCACAUUUGCCAGCCAACUAUAGGCUUGCAACAGAGCGGCCUGAUUUUAGGGUUCUUCUGAAGCUGCCAAUGAAGCGUUCAUUUCCAGAUUCCUGGGGGUUGAGAAACAGGGUGUCACUAACCAUACCGCCCCUAGCUGGCCUCUCUCUCCUGAUGUUUCUUACCGGCGACCUCGCCCCUACGCCUUGCUCGACAUGCGCAAAUGAACCAACCGCCAGCGGCUCCGACACAAUUCUUCGACCAUGUGUUGUAAUGUCUGCCGCCGUGCCCUCGUGGCUGAAGGAAACCACCAACCAAGCCUGCGCCUGUUGUCAAUGGCGCUCAAGCGCCAAACGGUGCAAGAAUACGUGCAACUUUUUAACAGCUCCUAAAGCCGCCCCGGGCACCAGCUCCCUGCCUGCUCCAGUCACGUCUGCUGCUGAAUCUCCCAUAGAGUCACCCGUCCCUCUUCCCCGUGCAGCGUAUCCCAGCCGUCCGUCCAUCAAGGAAGCUACUGGCGAUUCACGGCCAAGCAGUCCGCCACGACGGAUCACGAGGCAUACGCAAGUUGCUUCGAAGGCUAGCGUUGAGUCUGAUGUGCCUGCUGUGGCAUCAGUUCCCGUAUCAUCCACACCUGACCAGACGAUGCCGGCAGAAAUGCUGGAGAUGGAAGACUGGGAGGUUGCACCAGGCCGGGUGCGGGAUGAGCAGAGUGAGAUACCGACGAAUGUUGCUUUCUCAAAUGCAUACCUCACAUCGAAUCAAGCCGUCACCGUGUCCGAGGAUAUUGCCUUUAACGUCCUCGUGAUUAAGCCGGGGGCGUCCCACCAGUGGACGGAGGAAGAGGACAAGGUCCGCAUUUGCUCGUUGGCCGUGGGCAAGGUCAACGUGAACCUGGGCAAGACAGAGCCGUUCCAGAUCGGGCCGAACGGUAUGUUCAAGCUGAAGCCCGGCGUGGCCUGUUUGAUUGAAAACCGGAUGUACAUCGACGCCGUCGUCCACGUCACGUCCGUCAUGCGAUAUUAG